GUUCACCUUAAACUCUGAUGAAUCAUCUUCGAAGCAUAACGAAAAUGGCACCCUUGAAAGAAGCUUCGAUGAUGCUCGGCCUCCACAUCGGAGUGAAGCAGCGCGGCGAUCAUCCCUCCUGUUCGUUGAAAACGUCCGAAGGAUGGAAUCAAGACCAGUGUCGCCAGAGAAUUAUUCGCUGCAACGAUAUUUCAACAGUAUCGUAAGUGUAUCACCUACACGAACAGAUGUUCAAGGCCUCGUCGGAGUCCCACCUCAGAGCCCUGCAGUGAUGUCUGAUGAUUGUGUACAAACAUCAAGAGCUCAAGCGGAUGAGCCUGAACAAUGCGUACCAACUGUUGAUUGUUCAGUUGCCAAGGACCCAGACAACAGUGCAGCGUUGAGUCCUCUAAGAAGAUUUAGCAAGAGAAUAGCCAUUAGAGUUUCGUGCAGUGGUGAGACGAGCAACUCUCCUGCAACUGUGGAUAAAGACGACAACAUCGGCAAACGGCUUGGUGGCAGCAGUGCCAGAAAGAGACGCAAGCUCUCGAAUGGUGCCAGAAGCUCCGGUGACGAGGCAAAGUGCUCGGACGUUUCUGAACACAAUCAAGGAACACGAACACUCGGUGCCCCCCAAGACCACUGUCAAGCUCCCGCAGUUCAAGAAGACGAGCUUCUAGGGGAUCACACGCCUCUCUUCACUUUGCGGAGUAAAAGACCCAGUGCACAUAUAUUGCAGGAAGCAAAAACAAGCAAGCCAGAGAACGAAACCACAGGCAUGUGUCAACAGGUAAAGCAGAACAUACAGACUGCAGCAGAUUCAAAGCAAAAAAGCGAACAAAUGGCUCGCGGAAGCAGGAGCGAGCACAAACGGAAACGGCCCCAAUCCCAGAGUUCCAGCUCUUCAAUAUGUUCUCCGAAUGGGAAAGGACCUAAGCCAACGCCACUGAUCUCUCGGGACCUUUGGACCAGCACAGGUCCAAGGACAUCACCGAAAUCACGUAGCCAUGCCAAAAACAGAGCCCUCUCCAAGUCUGCUCGUGCUCACGAAAAUUAUAAACGUUUUAUGAAAGAGGUGUUUCCCCAACUUGUAAAAGAAAAAAGCCCAUGGGCCUGGUCAGGAAUUUCCGCCACGUCAGAUAGCGCGAAAUCCGCGCAAAGUUCUCGCUCGCCCAGGAAAAGCCCACUUGCAGAGACCGCUGAGCCAAAGGUCAGUAGGCCCACUGCUCAUCGCGAAGGGGCACCUGUAGGAAAGAGGAGCUUUUGGUAUGUGCCGAAAGCCUUGAAAUCUCAAGAUUCUGCAACUGACAAGAACACUGGGCGAGCAAGUACGAGCGUGUUUAAUGGAGCGAGGGUAUUCAGGUACAGAACUGGUUUGCUGCAGAAGAGGGCAGAACUUGAAAAACGUCUCGAGAAAUCUCAGCACGACGCAGUUUUACCGGAGGUGGGUGAAGAGAGACCUGUGCGUCGCGAAACUCCGAAAAAUGGAGCUUCAGAGGAGCCUUGUGAAACGCAAAGGAACGAGUUUCGUACGUCCAAGGCCUCAUUGGUGCGCGACUCUCCCAUUGAAACCGUCCAGCCAAAGCGCAGUUUCUGGCAAAAUUCAGGGAGACGUUUGAACAAACCUGCUUGGCGUGCCAGAAGUCCAGUGGCAGAGUUUGCGAAAGAGAAAACUCCUCCCAAAGUACCUGCAACUAGAAGAGAGCUUUUGAACAAGACUGGUGGAGAGGAAGAGGAGGAGGAUGAGGAUGCCUGGAUUUGGUCUCUCUGGAGGCAAAGGGAGGUUGAACUUGCAAAGGCUGCCGAGAUGAGGUCCACAAAGGCCCUUUCAACAACUCGUCCCAGUCGCAAGGUCUCCAAGCUGUCCGCGCUUGACAGUCCUUGCAAGGAACCCCCUAAACCACCUAAAGGUGUUCAGCAUAAAGUCAACGAUGCCGUUGUACAGACAAGUGGUCUUCAGAAUGAGGCAAAGACAAGCGGCCUUCAACGUGAAGCAAAGGAUGCUGCUGUACAGACAUCAUUUGUGUGCAUGAUCGGAAGGAACAUAACGUUGGAUAGAACAGCCAGGAAGCGCUUGCGUGGAGCAUUUCACACCACGGAGGAGGAACUGCAGUUCAUGGACAUGCCUCUUGAACAAGCCGGUGGUGUUUCCGGUAUCACCUUUGGCAACUAUUUUUCUACCCGCACGGCUACCAUGGGUGUGAUGAGACUAGGCCCAAAUAGUGAAAAGCCAUUGUCUGCCAACAAUGACAAUGAUAUGUUUCUCUACGCUCUUGAUAACGGAAUGAACAUAACAACAUUAGGAGGCACUUGGAUGAUUCUCCGAAAAGGAUCAACUUUCUACGUCUGCAGGGGCUUGCCUUUUACACUGAGGAACCUCGGCCUGACGACUUGCAAGGUCCUUUAUGUACUCACAGAGCCAUGCGAGGCUGAUUCAGUGGAAUGAACUUUUCUGGGCAGGUUAUGGAAAUCUAAACGCCAUGACUGCUUGCAAAAAAAAAUGUGCCCUUUUUUUCUUAUUUUUUGCUACUUCCGCGAUUUUAUCCAGGAAUGAAAACUGUUGGCAACUUCUAGAUACAUUAUUCUUGGUGUCACAAGGUUUUUUCACUUUUAAUUUUUAGCUUCGACAAACUUGUACGUACGUACAACGACAUGUUUUGUUUAACGUCACAAGCCAAGUGUACAAAUAUUUAAAUUGCAUACCAUGCAUGUACAUACUUUUCACUGUACAAUGUUCCUCAAUGUUGCAUGUUUUACUAGUGUGUUUCAAGUCGGUGUUUGUCGUACCAUGUCUUACAUAUGGUGCCACACUUGUUACCGUGAAAUAAAAGUAUUUUUAAAAU